GCUGGCAGGGUUGUGGACGGUGCAAACGUCGAUAUGUUUGAACCUUUUGUCUCGGACAGUGUGCUGCCAGGAAGCCCGACCGUCUGCAUGACCCAAUCGGACAAUUGUAUUGGGGAUGUUGCAGAUUGCGAGGGUCUUGAGGAAGUGGCGGAGAUGGAUGGCAGCGUUGGAGGGGGCGUUGGCUUGAAUGACAUGAGUGCAUUUUCCAACAGAGGCGGCUUUUCGUGUGCUGUAGACAGUUCUGAAGUAGGUAAUAGUGAUGGUUCGGUCCGUAGUUAUGGCGGGGUUAGUAUCCAUGUUGACCAUGACCGCGGUUUUCCACAAGCUGAUCAUGGAGGACAUGCAGUUGAAGGCACGGGCUUCGAAGAUGUCAAUGAGUCUCCUCCAACAGGCGGUUCUGAUUCCACUGAAGAAUCGAUCGGGACACAUGGAGCUUCUGCCGGUCAGCCAUCACCGAAUCCACCAGCUAGUACAGCAAGAGGAAAAGAGAAGAAGGGUCAAUCUAAGAGGAAUUGGUGGAGUGACGAGGAGACCGUUGCCUUGAUACAUGCACACGGCGAUCUCACUGUUGGCAGAGACUCAACGUCUGAGAAGUACGGGAAUGCACUGAGUGGGAAGAAGAAGUGGGAGGUAAUCGCAGCUACACUGAACGCGAAGUCUAUCUUCAGAAAGUGGGUGGACUGUCAGACCAGACACAAGAAUCUUGCAUCCUGGCACAGACAGGUGGUUUGUGAGAGAGGCGGGCGGAGGAGGAGAAGACGACUAAGCCGACAGGAUCGGGAUUCUGCCAUCAGAGGCAGCUCCUCCGUCAAAGUCUUUCCUGGGUGGUUGUCUGUCGAAACGACUUAUCUGAAUAGGAAGUUGCAGCAAUGGGGAUUUCGGUACAGGUGCGGGUUUCGCUUGUGGUACUCCAUCGGCACUCUGUUUGGGACCGUGGGAAUGGCGCUUGUGAUUUUCAUCCUGCUGUGGGAUGCUUGUCGGGCUGUCCUCGAGUGGAAGAUCUGGUUUGCAGGCCUCGAGAGGAGAGCGGAUAUACAGCAACACCGGCCCUGGACGGGCCCUUCCUCGCGGGUGAUCACGCCCAUCAUUCCAGGGGUCAACAUACCGUGGGGUGAGGUUGGAUAUCUAUGGUGUGCUACAGCUCUCGCAAUCACGAUUCAUGAAUUGGGUCAUGCAUUGGCAGCCUCCGCCGAGGGCGUUCGGAUCGAACACGUGGCUUUCUUCUUAAUUGUGGUGUUUCCAGGUGCCUGGGUUGCACUAGAUGCAGUGGACAUGGACAAUAUGUCUCUUGUGCAUUCCUUAGCCAUCUUUUCGGCGGGCGUAUGGCAUAACAUUGCACUUUCUGCACUGUGUUGCGUGCUCCUGACCAGUUUGUCGGUUCUCUUUACCCCUUUUUAUACCUCUGACGUAGGCUUGGUGGUAGCAUCUAUACCUGAAUCGUCACCUUUCCUAUCGCAUUUGCACCCCGGGGAUGUGAUUUUUGCGAUCGAUGGUAAUCCGAUCGGCAACGGGGAUGCUGGUGAUGUGAAGCGAAAGGGGCUGUUUUCUGCGAGUCUGUUUGGCAGUGGCGCAGGUUCAAAAGUCGCAACAGUAGAUGUAAAUUCUACCUGGAAUCCGAUAGUGGUGGGAACGACAGUGGACCGUGCCGGUGGGACAGCGUUGGGAGGGAAUGACUCCCAUUACGGCUGGCAGCAGUCGUGGUAUUAUGGCUAUUGUGUCCCAAAUUCUGUUUGGCAGGGAAAGGAAGAGGAUUGCGAGGUGAAGCUGGAUGAGGACGGCAUUGAUUACACGAACAGAUGGACGACGAAUCGGUCGUCUGCCCGGGCUUUCGUCCCCAACGCAACGCUACUGCCUCCUAAUAGGAGGGAUGUUUCUCCUUGGAACAAGUUCAAUUCAGAUCUGCAUACAGAGUCAUCUGGUCUCGCUGACGGCGGAGCUGUCGAUGGCGGUGGAGGGGAAGGAGGGCGGCUGGGAAAUGGUAUUCCACAGAGGAUGAAUCUUCGCUCCAUCAAUGAUGAAUGGCUCUUGCGAGAUGACAAGCUGGGGUUAGACAAUUUGGGGGGUAAGGGAGACAGAGACAUCCCACACAGUGUUGGCACGAGAUUUGCGUCAUUUUGCCAGAAGUGUGAGGAGAAAGGUUGCUUGGUAUUCCAGGCCAUUUACUGCGAGGGAGGCGACAAAAUGAAGGGCGAGGAGAYUGUCGAAGUCGCUGCAGGAGGGCAGGAAUCAACAGGCGAAGCACGCAUGCGAGAUGACUCUCACAACAGUGGAMCAAGUGUCCCGACACGUCCUCCAYGACGAGCAGUSUGCUUACGGGCGACAUCGGUUGUUUCUUCACCAAGAUGUCAUCAUCCAAGAGUGCUCGGAGGUAGCUGCGAGUGCAGCCUUGGUUCAGCAUGUUUGGUGCCGAAGUUGCACCUUGGAGAAGCCCUGUUAAGAGUGUCCUUCAUCUGGGGGGCCAGAAACUCCUGUAAUAAAGCUCAACACAGAGGAAGAUGGGCAGGUGCUCAUAGUCUCAGGUCUGCGGCUGGCUUCGUGGCCAGUAGCAAACAGCGAAAUGAGUCUGCUGCAGACCCAGAUCCUCGRCUGGAUCAACAGCGAUYCCCCAUGACGACGGCCCGACAUAUGCUGGACCCAAGGGCUGUAUCAGUACGGUUGCAUCGGCAACCUGUUAGGACGUUCAGUGAUGACCAUCGUGUAUUGAAAACAGGUGGCAGUCGAGAACCCUCGGGAUGUGCCAGAGUGUCCCAAGGGUAUUUCAUGGGGAGAGUGUUGUACAAGGUGCGAGUCAAGCCAUGGACGGUGCAAUCAAAGCAUGUGAAACAUUAAAGCCGAGAUCCCCUCUGCAGCGGGUGUUCUAACCAAAAGAAUGAAACUUCAGAAAGAGAAUGAACCAAUGUCUAUUAG